AUGGAAGGAGUUUCUAGUAUGUUGCCUUCGGAACAAAUGUACAGUGCAUUUGAGCAACCCAGUACGUGUUCCGUAAUGCCUAAUGGGCCAGGGUGUAACGAACGGGUGAAGAAGAGUGUACAGAAUGGAUUACAGAGGAAGGUAAUUAGUGACCAUGAAAGCUUGGCCAAAAAAAUUGUGAAGAAUCAUCAUUAUGCAUGUAGCGAGACAGGAAAAAGAACAGACAAAGCAGCCUACUAUGAUCUUUGCCACUUUUUGUAUUUUUGGAUUGGUGGUUCAAUAAAAGAUAUCUUGAAUGAAUGGAAUGAUCUUACUGGAGCCAUGAGAACAAUUUAUGGAAAUUUAGCAGGGGACAGAUGUAAUAAUGGGUGCAGUGUCAUAUAUACUGAUAUGAGUAAGAGCAAUUUCGACUGGAGAAAAAUUAUUUUUGAUUACUCAUACAAUGUCAGUAUUUUACAAAGUAAGAGCACGGAGGAAAAGCAAUUCAUAUGUAGUUCAGACUGUGAGCAGUAUUUGCAGAAAGUUAAGGACGCAUAUUCGAAGGUAAAGGAUAGUUGUAAUGGAUAUAAUCUUAGUAAUGACAAGUGGUGUAAAGAAUUUACGGAGGAAUAUAGGACUUACUUCGAUGCGGAUCAACCGAAAUUGACUUGCAAGGCGGAGUGCGAACCGGAACCACCAACGAGGGAGCAAUUAUUGAGUAACUUACCAUCAAAUUUAGCCUAUGACAACUUCAACAAUAAUUGGAGAAUAUACUCUGCCGAUCAGUAUGUGGGGAGCAUAAAGAAAACCCUGAGAACUACAUUACAGCGAUAUCCAGAUACCUCUAAAUGUUUGGAUGAAAUUGUAGGUGCUUGGCAUUAUGCGACGAAUAUAAUGCCCCCAAGGGGUAAUCCAUCUUAUGCAGAGCGUUGUGAUUAUUUUUACUAUUGGCUAGGAUCUAAGGUGUCGGAUAGAUUAAAGGGAAGUAGUGAAUUCGCGGAAGUUAUGAAUGAAAUAUACGGGAAAUUGCGCGAGAUACCUGGUACAAAUGAGUGUGGAACUGUGACCACUGCUGUUGACGCUGUAAGUUUAAUACAAAGGAAAAGGAUGUUCGAUUACUACCACGACUAUAGUUCCUUGAGAAAUAUGUUACCGAAUAGUGAGCCCCAGUGUAAUGAUACAUUUGGAAGUUACCUGCAAGGAAUUAGUGAUGCAUAUACAGCUGUAGAGGGGGACAGCCGAAGGAGCCCUGAUGCAUACUGGGACAAAUUUUGGGGGCAGCAUAAGGGAGUUAUUAGUGCAGAAAUAAGAAAUUUAACAUGUACUGUGUCUCCCAAGAAACCUUCUGCUGGGGACGACUUUGAUCUUGGCGAUGCCGUCGUCGAUGGUGGUAAUGAAGGCCCGGAUGCUGAAUUGAAGGGUCCGAAAGUGAAGGGGGAUGUGGAUGUAUCAUUACCUAAAGUGGAAGGAGGUGACGGGAACGGUGAUGGUAGUGGUGGUGUAGGUGGCAUGGUUGGUGGUACAUUGGCAACAGUUGGAUUACCAGCAAUCGGUUUCUAUUUAUACAAAUAUACUGAUGUAUUUGAUGGAAUAAAAAAAUCCCUCUUUGGUGGCAGCAAUAAUACAGUAGGAAGGAAUAGGAAUAGGGGAAGAAGAUCUACUAUUCGACAUCAACACUUUGACGACACUUUUACAGAGAAUGGUUCUUCUACACUAGGAGAUGACGGUUCCACGACCUUAGGUGGUGGUGGUGGUGGUGGCUCGUCCACCUUAGGUGGUAGCUCCACCGAUAUUUCUACCAUCUAUAAUGAACCAACUCGUCGACCAACGGGAAGAAGGGAAAGGGCCGGAACAAAUAAUAGAAGACAAGGAAAUAUACGUUAUUAUGCCACGUAA